AUGAGAAAUUUGCAAAAAAGAGACUACAUUACAGUAAUCACAACAUAUGUUACAACGUCAACAUAUAUCACUUCCUCUGUAUACACAUCUUGCACGGUGGACACUGCGUGGGUAUCCAAUACAACGUAUACUAACAAAACGACUAAUAACCAAACGAAUAAUAACCCAACGAAUAAUAACCAAACGAAUAAUAACCAAACGAAUAAUAACCCAACGAAUCAUAACUCAACGAAUAAUACUCCAACGAAUAAUACUCCAACGAAUAAUAAUUCAACGAAUAAUAACCCAACGAAUCAUAACUCAACGAAUAAUAAUCCAACGAAUCAUAACUCAACGAAUAAAAAUCCAAAGAAAAAUAACUCACCGAAUAAUAACAUAGCGAAUAGUCUAGCGAAACGACAACAGGAAUUAUCGACAGUACUGUCGACAGAAUUAUCGACAGCACAAUCGACAGUUCUCCUGUCAACACCAUCGACUGCUUUAUUGUUAGCACAAACUACUGGUUUACCGACAACAUCAAGUGAAGCUAGCUCUAGUCCGGCAAUUGCAACUACCACUAAGUUAGCAGCAGCAAAUUCCUUAUACAAUGAAUUAACUACCUUCAAUCUCGCAAUUUGGUUAAUUAGUUUUACUUUUAUUAUUAAUCAAUUUAUUUAA